CUUUUCUAGGCUUUCUUUCUUCUAUUUUCAUCUGGUGGUGAUUCAGCCAACAACAAACUCUGAAUAUGGAAGAGGAUAGAACAGGAAGGCACUUCUAAGCAGGGGCGGACUGACAAUUCAUGGGGCCCCUGGGCAAUAGGGGAUCAUGGGGCCCCUGUGUCCUUGCCAAAACUAAAAAAACCUAUGAAAAAGGUACCAGGGGUAUCUCAUGGGGCCAUCUACUGACCCCAGGCCCUCGGGCAGUGACCGAGUUUCCAAAUGGUCAGUCCGCCCCUGCUUCUAAGUGC